AUGCUGCUUGCUGGUCUCGCAGCUCUUUACGACGCUAUGCAUUCCUCAUCUGAGUCGCCUAGGCCUGUCAAUACUGAUCCCAUGCCGUCUCUCGCAAUGAACAGAUCAAUCACUGAACGGUCCUCGACUAGCAGAGCAUUGCCUGUGCAGCAAUUGAGCGACAAAGCUGUCCAGCGCAUGCUCCACAUUCAACAUUUGGAGCAGCAGCAGAGACUAGAAGAUCUGGAGGCUAUCGAGAUGACUAACGAGCAACUGGAAAUCCUCCAGAAACCGUUCGAAUCGGUGAAGGUCGAGUUUGCCGACCUUGAUGGUUUGUCCUGGUCAACUCCUGCAGCCAAGCACAUUCUCGCUAAAUGGUAUAAAAGGAAGGUUUUGGAGAUGCGCCAGGAGACAGAUCCUUUCGGUAAUCUGGACUCAGUUCCAUACACGCUUUCUAGAGCGCUCUCUGACGACAAGGACGAACACACUAUUCGCGCAACACGCUCUCCCCGCUUUCCACCCUGCCCUCCCUUGGUUGCGCCACCACUCACCCUGCCAGCUGGGCUGCAGGAACAUCUAGAAGCUGCAUCUUCUGGCGACUUGACACUUUCUUCUGUCUCGAAUUUAAAGCGACCAUCGGGUAAAUCAUCCAGUUCAAGCCGGACUCCUGCGCAUCGUGUAUUUAGCCUCCCACCGAAAGCGCCCCCUGCACUAAUGCGUACUGCGACCGCCCGCCCCGGUGACCGAAUGGAACAAAACUUCCAACUUCCAGCUGCUUCUGGAAAUGUGCUUCCACCCAAAGUCUUUAGUUUGCCUCCGACGAGUAAUCUUCCAGCAAUGGAGCACAUAGCCAGUGUCCAAUCAGUGUACCGGCCCACAAUGGAACCUGGGCCUUCCACAUCCCCGCCUUACGGGCGGCCAGAGACGUCCGGAGAAUUUGACCUUGCAAUGCCUGCUGUAGAAGGAAAGCCGAACAUCGAUUCUCACGACGAGUCAUCCAAGCCGCCAUCGCCCUCGACGUCUUCAAUCAAGACAGUAACAGUUCCUACGGUGCAUGCCUUAUCGAACGUCUCCGACAACAAGCAGGGAAGCUCUUGGCCAGCGCCUCUCUCGCCUGCCUUCUCGCCACCACUGCGACAAGACACUUGCGCCAUGUCUGUCAGCGACUCGGAGCUCCCUCCACCAAUGACGCGCUCGACGACUGUCUGCAGCGAACAGUCGACACUUGCUACCCCACCUGCAUCUUUGCCUUCGUCUAACGUCACUCAUGAGCGGAAGGUGAUUGAAGCGCCGGUGCUAGACCUGACGCGAGAACACUCCGUUGUCCAGGGUUUACACAACAUCUCAACGGAAGGUGGUUUUGACUGUAGCCUCAAACCACGGUUGAUCCCCCUUUCCCGCAAUUUGCAUCAAGCUGAUGACUCAUGA